AUGGAGGAGCUUCCCCAAUCAGAAAAGGCGCAAGCCCUCGACUUACUCCGGCGCUUCAGACUCGCUUGUCAAGAUCCAUCCUACCUUGCCUUGGUCCGUCGCGCGUCAAAGAUUGACCUUUACUUGUCGGUGCCGUCGAAGGUGAUGAGCCUGAAAGAGAUGGUCGCGCGGGCUGAUGCGCUCCAAGACACCGUCGACCACCCCCGGCUCUGGACCUUGCGGCGCCAGUACCACGGUGGUACCCAGAAAAACCAUGGCACUCCGGCUGCUCCUCGACCCGGUGCUCACGACCAACUUCCCACUCGCCUUGCUCCGGUUCCUCAGGAAGAACAGCCUUCGCCAGCGUUCAACUACAUGGUUGAUGCCAUGUCAAGAUUGAUCUCGAAAUCAAUAUCUCAGCUCAGCCGCAGUAAACCCACCAAGAACAGCGCCGACGGGCAAACAGCAGGCCCACGAUAG